GCAGAGGGGGAGUCUGCUGGGAGACAGAGCCACAACCUCGGCAGCAACUCUCGACCAGCCCCGCUUCUUGUACUCACCGUUGUUGACCUGCAAACAUGUCCGCCGCCGUGGUGUCGCCGUUCUUCGACUUUGAAAUGAUGAGCAAGAACAAACUUCUCAGCUAUAACAACCUGGGAGCGCCUCAGCCCAUGUCUGUCCCUUGCACUGGCACCAGCGUGCCCAUCUCCAGUGCCGCCGGACCCCUGCUGGACAGGAAGGCGGUGGGAUCUCCUUCAGUGGGAGGUGUGUACCACCGGCGGCACUCGGUCAGCAGCACAAAGUUCAGCCAGAAUCAGUUUCUGAACAGCCUGAAGGCAGUGGACCACUCCUCCCUCAUCUCAGGGCCUGGCAAUGCCAGCAACAACAAGGAGAACCGCCUGCGAGACCGCUCCUUCUCGGAGACGGGCGAGAGGCUCAUCAACAAGUGCCUGAGCCCCGCCAGUCCCACGUGUGGCAGCAGCCAAGUGAAUUCCAGCCGCUACAAGACGGAGCUCUGCAGGCCAUUUGAGGAGAAUGGUUCCUGCAAGUACGGAGACAAAUGCCAGUUCGCACACGGGAUCCAUGAAGUUCGCAGUCUGAGCCGGCAUCCCAAAUACAAAACUGAACUGUGCCGCACCUUCCACACCAUCGGAUUCUGCCCAUACGGGCCUCGGUGCCAUUUCAUCCACAAUGCUGAGGAGCGCCGCGGACCUCCUCAGCAGUCCUCCCCUCUAAACUCUUCAAACAAGAUUGAGAGGCCUCGGCUGCAGCACAGCUACAGCUUUGCUGGUUUCUCCAGCUCAGCUGGGCUGAGAGACAGCCCCACCUCUGUCACCCCUCCUCCUGCGUUCUUCCCUGAUGAGGUCCUGGACUGGCCUAGCAGUAACCCCUUCACCUAUUCCAGCCAGGAGCUGGCCAACCUGUUCGGGCCAAGCCUUAGCUCUGGUUCUGUAGGCACAGAGCCCAACACCCCUGCUCCUCCAUCUCCAACAAACACAGCUUUCCUCUUCAGAUCCAUGUCCCCUCAGAUGUUUGAGUCUCCAUCCAGCCCUCGAGACUCUCUGUCAGACCAAGAAGGUUACCAGAGCAGUUCUGGAUCCGAGUCCCCUUCGUUGGACACCACCCGUCGCCUUCCCAUCUUCAGCCGCCUCUCCAUCUCCGACGACUAGACCACAUGCAGCAUCCAGUUACACGAAGAGAACAUGGCACUCCCCUCUACCUCCCCCUCUUCGCCCCCAGCUCCUUGACAUUAUAAGGAUGUAAUCAAUUAAGGGAACUUUCUUAAAUGAUCAUUUCAUCCCAGCUGAUCUGCACAUUAAGUUUUAGAUUCUGCCGUGUGUCAUAGUGCCAAAAGAGAAGUGGAAAUUGAACAACAAAAAUCAUGAGAACAAGAAUUGACUGUUUCCAGGUGCCACUUGGUUUUUUUUUCUUCUUCUUUUGUUCUUGAAUGUGUAGCAGCACAAGUGGCCUUGAAAAGGGGAGUGCAUUGCACUAAUACCCCCCCAGCUCCCUCCCUGAUGAUACCACUUCCCCUGAGCUAGCUAGACGGUGCUCACUAAUGUAAUUGUAGCUCUACGCAGACUUUUUUUUUUUUUUACAGACUGAGUUGAGACAAAAAAAUUAAAAAACCCUGAAAGUAUAUGAAAAGUUUUUAAGCAAAAGUUAAUUAAAAGUGCCUAGGGUGGUUUCUGCAUGUGUUUAGGGUGAGUGGACUGCUGUUUUUUUUUCUCCCCCCCGUUCGUAUUUGCUCCAACCCCACUGUCAGUUCUUCUAAAGCCCCGUCUUAUGUAACUGAACUGGGUGAGUCUGCAGGAAGGACUUUGAACUGGAAGUUUAUUCCCCCUCCUACCCCUCAUAAAUUUUCUUCUCCUGUUGCUGGUCACUGGUUUUUGUUGUUGUUCUUAUUUGGGCAGGAAGUCUUUAUCAAACUGAUCAUUAAACCUGUACGACUCGUCCCGCCUCCACCUUCUCAUCUUUGCCGAUCUGGGGAAUUCCAGCUUUCCCGUGGUGCAGUUGUACGUCUUACAGCUUUCAGAUCGGAUCUCCAAGCUAUUUUACUUUAUCCCCCCCCCCCCAUUUCACAACCUGCUCCGAAGAGCGCUCUGUACUCAUUACAUCCCUGUUGCUUUCGUUAUUUGAUAAUUAUUUUUUAUUAAUGUUAUUAUUACGGUUUAUUAUUUGAAAAACUUUCCAGACAGAAGGUUUGCGUGUCACUGCUUAUUUAACUUAUCAGAACAUAUUUAUUGGUGAUCAUAUGCAUUUUUUGUUAAUUUUUUUUUGUAUUUAUCUGGAUAAUGAACAAUAGAAUAUAUUUUCUUUUAUGUUAAAUUAUGAUCUUCCAUAUUAAUCUAAAGAUUGUGAAGACGGUUUUUUGUCAGUUUUCCUUUUUUCACAGUUUAAUAUAUUGUACUUCAAUGACUUUUUGUUCUGCAACUACACUUUGUCAAAAAAAAUGAAACUAAUUUAAAGC